UUGACAAUAGCCUUGACUUAUCAUGAGUAGUAUAAAGACAAGAAGACCAAGGCAAACUGCCUUCUCACAACUGCUCUUGUUUUCUGUAAUGGAUUUCAAGAGCUCAUCCAAUUCCUAAUAUCUUUCUUUCUUAGAUAGUUUUUCAGUAAAACAUUUUCCGGGUUUCUCAGUAAAACUUUUUCAGGGCAUCUCAAUAAAAAAGCUUCCUGUGACUGAGAGAUGGUAGUAUUGAGUUUUGAUUUGCCACCUGGGUUCAGAUUUAGUCCUAAGGACAAGGAGCUCAUCGAACUCUACCUGAAGCCAAAGAUCACCGGCAAUGAUAAAGACAUUUGGUUUAUACCCGAAAUUGAGUUCUAUGAAGAUGAGCCAUGGGAUUUACCAAUUAAAACUGGGAUUGCUUCGGAGGACCAAGAGUGGUUCUUCUUCACUGUACUGAGCCUGAAGCAUCAGAACGAUAAUCCAAAAAAGAGAAAAAGGGGUCAGAAACAGGAACUGGUGAACAGGCAAACUAAGGCUGGGUUCUGGAAAUCAACUGGUAAAGAUCGGGAAAUCGAGUCUGGAGGGAUCGUGGUUGGAGUGAAGAAAUCUCUGGUCUUCCAUAGAGGGAGUACUAAGGGAAAAGGGAAGGGAAUAGGGACUAGUUGGGUAAUGCAUGAGUACAGCACAACCCAGAAGGAGUUUGAUGGAAAACACCCCGGCCAGAAGCCCUUUGUACUUUGUCGUUUAUUCAAUAAUGAAGAAAAGAGUAACAAAGGUGGACCUGCAAAGUCUAAGCCAGCACUGUCUCCUGUAUCUCCAGUAUUGGAAGUGCAAGCUGAAAUUUCUGAUCAAAUGAUGUCUGAUGUUACAGAACUUGUUCAGUGUAACAAUGACAACAAACAUCAUAAAGCAUAUGUUGCGGAUGAUCAAGCGGAAGGGGUUGAUUUAAGUGAGGAGGACAUGGAACUUCUCAUGGGUGCAUUCUAUGUCCCUUCAGAGGACUCUCCAUCCAGUUUACCCCUCACCACUGCUGAUGUUUCAACUCCAAUCACUGUCAAAUCUUCUCAUAACGAAAUACAAUCUGAACCAACAUUGGCUCCAGCAUCUCAAGAAUUGCCUGAGCAAGCUGAAUACCAUCCAAUUACUUGCAUAACAAGAUUUGACAAUGCAGCACCACUUGCAUGUAACGAUGAUUAUAAUGCAUAUGCUGCAGAAAAUCAAGUGGCAGAAGUAAAUACUGCAGAAGUUGACCUCGAUCUGGAUAUGGACAAAGCCUUCGAAAGGUUCUUUAUCCCUCCACCAGGGUCAGUAGAUUGCAACCUCUUCUCCCCAUCAACUUCAACCCCUGUUACUGCUGUUUCAAUGUCUCCAGACUUUGGCAGUGAAGCUGACAAUUAUCGCCCAAGUUUUCGACGUCUUCCUAAAGAAAAUUCUGAUGGAAUAACAACUGACACUAUAGUGCCCAUUGAGAACAAUGGUAAUAACACUUACAUUGCAAAUAAUCAAGUGGCAGAUGUGACAUCUGAUGAGGUGGAGGCAGGCUCGAAUGUGUUCCCUGACACACCUCAGCCACUAGGUUGCGACAUGUUAUCCCCAUUACACUCACACAUGCAAGCAGAGUUAGGUUCUUCUUGCAUGUCUUACCCUUUUACCAAUGACUUAAACAGUGGUUAUUGGAGGGUGCAUCACCAAUCUGGCAUGAAUGUGCCAGCUCCCAAUUUCUCCGAGUCCGGGGAUUUAACUCUUAUUAAUCCAGAUGAGUUCUUUCGUAAAAUGUCUAGCAGUCAAACUAAUCUUGCUUUUGAUGAUGGGACCCUGAAAAACAUGGUCUCUGAUAAGGACAAUGGAUCAUGCAGUGGGUCAGAUGCCAAUCUGCUGUUCACGCUUGAGGAUCCAGAAUUGGUGUCGCUUGAUGAGAUCUUGAAUCCAGAGGUUUCAUCGGGGUUGUUAAAUCAGGAUCAUACUUAGGAUCUCUGGGAGGGUCUGCGGAUCAGAUCGUAGGAUCUGAUUGAAGAUACCCUUACUAAUAUUAGUAAGGGUAAAAAUUAAAACAAUUAUUAGUAUAUUCCAACCAUCUUUCCCUCUACUUUACUCUCCUCCCUUUCCAUUUCCCUCUGUUCCAAAUAUAGUGUUAUUGUCUUUUACAAAUCACAGACCCAUGGUAUUUUACAUUCAAAAGCCUAUAUCCUCCUUCAACAACUCAAAUAGACUACCACCCCCAUUUCCCUCUACAGUCCUCUGCCCCACCUCACAACCCCC